AUGGUUCUUGUUCGAUUGGUGAUCUGCGUUCUAUUCCAGUGUGUUGUUGACUAUGGGUGUUUCUGUGGAUUGACAUUCUAUGUUCCGUAUGGGAUAUUCAGGAGUUCACCCAAGCUGAAGAUGGACAUUCUCACUGAUACUGUCAAAGAACGCACGAGGCAUACCAGAGCUUACAAGAUUCCGGGUAUUGAUGUUUCGGGGUUGAUUGGUUUGAGUUCUCAGUUGGAAGGGGAGGUUCUCCGUGACUUUAAUCAUGAUUAUGGCAAUUUGCUCUCCAUCCUCAGUACAUUUUUCGAUCCAAUGGCUUUGAUCACCUUAUUUCAGUUCUAUGAUCCACAGUUGAGGUGUUUUACAUUUCAGGACUAUCAACUGGUGCCAACACUCGAGGAGUUUUCUUACAUACUCAACAUCCGAAGCACUGAUGAUGUACCUUUCAUUCGAGUUCCCGAGGUUGUGAAAUUUGAAAAAAUAGCUGAAGCUCUUCACAUGGGUAUAAAGGAGGUAGAAAGAAAUUGGAAGUCAUCGGGCGGUGUUCCUAGUUUCUAUCUUUGCUUUUUGAUUAGUAGGGCUGAGGAUGCGACUAAGAAGGAGCAGUGGGUUGAUUUUAGUCGUUUGCUUGCUAUCAUGAUUUAUGGUAUUGUCUUAUUCCCUUCAAGAGAGAACUUUGUGAGUUUGGCGGCGAUUUGUGUCUUUAUGAACAAAAACCCCGUGCCAACGUUGCUUGCAGAUGCUUAUUUUUCGAUCCAUUCGAGAAGUAAGAAGGGAGGAUAUGUUGUUGGUUCUUGUCUUCCGUUGUUGUAUCGGUGGUUCAUGUUGCAUUUGCCGGUGAGAGGGCCUUUUGUGCUCAAGAAGAGUUCUCUUAAGUGGUCAGAUAGGAUUGCUAACCUCACAUCUUAUGACAUCAGGUGGAACUAUUGUGUGGGGAAGAUUUGGAACAUCAUCACUAGUUGCGGUCAAUAUCCCAACGUUCCUCUCAUGGGAACCAGGGGUUGUAUUAGCUAUAAUCCCACGCUCGCCUACCGUCAAUUGGGAUAG